ACGUUCUCUCUCUCUCUCUCUCUCUCUCUCUCUCUCUCUCGAGUAUAUAUCCAUUAAAAAGAGCGCAGCCGGGAGGAGAGAGACCAAAACCCUUUCCUUUUCUACUAUUUCAAAGGUUUACUGGAUAAUACUAACAAAAACAAAUACACUUCAUCUUCUUCCUCUUAGUGCGUAACGUUAUAAUUGCCGUUGCAGUAUUGUUCUAGUAGUAAGAACCAACCACAAAUGCUUGGGUUUCGAAGAAGAAGAAAAAACCAUUAAUUAUUAAUAAUGCAGAAACUGCUUCAACGUCCAACUUGUUCACUCCCAAUCCCUAUUCUAUCCUCUUCUUCUUCUUCUACUAUUGUUACUUCUUCUUCUUUUUCUAAACCAACAACAACAAUGUCUACAGCACCACCAUCCACUGCAAUUUCAUUCCCAAACAACAAUAACACUCUCCUUCUCAAACAUUCCUCUUCUUCUUAUCGUUACUCCUAUCUCCGUACAUCUUUCUCUCCCACCCUAACCCUAACCCUAACACGUCACUCUACCACCAAAACCCUUCCAUCGCUUCUUCUUAACCCACGCUCUCUUCAUUCUAAUUCAGACGACGACGACGACUCUACUUCUUCUUCUUCUUCAUCUUCAUCAUCCACUUCAGCUUUCAGACUUAAUAGGAGACAAAAGCUUUCUUCUUCUUCUCCAUCCUCUAAUCCUGAUUUGUUGGCUAUUCCUGGUGUGGGUCCCAGAAAUUUCAGAAAACUCCUCAACAAAGGUAUCCAAGGUGUCGCCCAACUCAAACAACUCUACAAAGAUAAGUUCUUUGGGAAAUCUAGUGACCAGAUGGUGGAGUAUCUACAGAGUUCUGUUGGAAUUAUCCACAAGAACCAUGCUGAAAGUAUAACUACUUUCAUUAAGAAGAGUGUGGAUGAAGAAAUAGAUGAUAAUUCGUCUGGGAAGCCGUCUUCGCAGAAGAAGCGACUUACGUUUUGUGUCGAGGGUAAUAUUAGUGUUGGUAAGACUACUUUUCUUCAGAGAAUAGCCAAUGAGACUAUUGAACUGAGGGAUCUUGUGGAGGUGGUUCCCGAACCUAUUGGGAAGUGGCAGGAUGUUGGACCUGACCACUUUAAUAUCCUUGAUGCUUUUUAUGCCGAGCCAGAGAGGUAUGCGUACACCUUUCAGAACUAUGUGUUUGUUACUAGGGUCAUGCAAGAAAGAGAGUCUUCUGCUGGAAUCAAGCCUCUUCGAUUGAUGGAGAGGAGUGUUUUCAGUGACAGGAUGGUUUUUGUACGAGCUGUUCAUGAAGCCAAGUGGAUGAAUGAGAUGGAGAUCAGUAUUUAUGAUUCUUGGUUUGAUCCUGUUGUGUCUACCUUACCUGGUCUCAUUCCUGAUGGUUUUAUCUAUCUCAGAGCAAGUCCUGAUACUUGCCAUCAAAGAAUGAAGUCAAGGAAAAGAGAAGAAGAAGGUGGAGUCAGUUUAGAGUAUCUGCGUGACCUUCACGAAAAGCAUGAGAGCUGGUUAUUCCCCUCCCAAAGUGUUAAUCACGGAGUAUUAUCUAUCAAUAAGCUGCCCCGUCACGUCGACAACUCUUUGCACCCUGAUAUAAGAGACCGUGUAUUUUAUCUCGAGGGUGACCACAUGCAUUCCUGCAUUCAGAAGGUUCCUGCAUUGAUUCUGGACUGUGAGCCCAAUAUUGAUUUCACCAAGGAUAUUGAAGCUAAGAGGGAAUAUGCACGCCAAGUUGCCGAGUUUUUUGAAUUUGUCAAGAAACAACAAGUUCUAUCUGAGGAAGCUGUUGCAGGUGGUAAAAAUAACCCAGGCCAUCCACAAGUGCUGCUGCCUCGUGAAGGUGACCUGUGGCUACCAGGUGGAAAGCCUUUUCCCCGAAAUGCCUUGGACUUCCAACGGGCAAUGUCACUUAUGUCUGGUAGUGGCUGAUAAGGAUGCGAUUGGGAUCAAGAUAUACUAAUAGUCAUUAGUUUAUGUGUUGAUGGUUUUUUGCAUGUAAAAAGAUUUGAACUAGGACCUUAACUGAUGUAAAGUUGGUAGUUAUUUAUGGUUGUCAAAUGCUUUGGUAGUUGCUCUACUAGUUUACUAGACUACUUGGUUUAUUAUAUUUGUUGAGUUACAAAGUUGCUCUUUCUACUAAUGUGCCCUUGUUUAUGAGGGUAUUCAUAGUCUCUUAUUGUUGACCCAAACAAGGCACUCAUUGGAAUUGGGUUUGAUUAUGUAUCACAAGAGCAAGCAUUUUUGUUA